AUGGAGAAAUUGAAAUCGCUGAUUCCUGAAGAUCUUCUGCAAACAGUUAGAAGCAGCAGCGUCGAUGAUCUUCUCUCCUCUUCUUCUUCUUCUCUUCUCCGUUUGUUUCUGGGUCUUCCCCAAUUUCACCGAGUGGUGAGUGAAUUAUCGGAUCCUGGUUUGGGUUGCUGUGGGAAGAACGAGGAGACGUCACUGGACUUGAAACGACGGGGAAAUCUAUGCUUUCGCAGCCAUGAUUUCGAUGAUGCUUUGCGUUUCUACUCGAAGGCCUUACGCGUUGCUCCUCCACACGCCAUUGAUGGAGACAAGAGCUUACUUGCUUCUCUGUUUCUUAAUAGAGCCAAUGUCCUUCAUAAUUUGGGGCUUGUGGAAGAGAGCUUGCGGGACUGUCAUCGUGCUCUUCGGAUUGAUCCUUAUUAUGCAAAGGCGUGGUAUAGGAGAGGGAAGCUUAAUACUGUUCUUGGAAAUUAUAAAGAUGCGUCUCUUGACAUUACAGUUUCUAUGUCUCUUGAGUCAUCGCCGGUGGGGUUGAAGCAGCUACAGAACGAACUUAAGGCUAUUCCAGUGAAUAAUAAAACAUCUAAAAAUCACGAUGAAUAUCAUCCAAGCAGUAAUGCUGGUGUGGAUUAUCUACCGAGGGUUCAGAGUGAAGUAAAGCUGCGUUGUGUAUCGACAAAAGAGAAAGGACGGGGUAUGGUAUCAGAAUGUGAUAUUGAACAAGCUUCUGUGAUACAUGUCGAAGAACCAUUUAGUGUGGUCAUAUCAAAAAAUUGUCGGGAAACACAUUGCCACUUUUGCCUGAAUGAGUUGCCUGAUGAUUCUGUUCCAUGUCCAUCCUGCUCAAUACCUGUGUACUGCUCAGAGUCCUGCCAAAUUAGAUCUGGUGGAAUGCUGUCCACAAAUAAGAUGGACAAGCAUCACAAUUUUCAGAAUCUACCUGAUGAUAUUGUGGAGCAUAUUACAGGCGUUACAUCAGUUGAUAAAUAUUAUUCUGAAACUGAGUCUAUUCAAGAACACCAGCAUGAAUGUCGGGGAGCCAAUUGGUCUGCUGUACUGCCAUCUGAUGCUGUUUUAGCGGGUCGAGUUAUAAUGAAGUUAAUAAAUCAAGGGAAAGCAACUAUGGAUCUUUCCAACCUUCAGGAGAUAUUAGAACUUUCUCAUAGCUACUCUGAGAUGAGUCCAGAGAGCAAGUUGGAGUUGCAUCUACUUUCCAUAGUAUUGAUUUGGUGCCUAAGCAAAUCUUGCUGCCCUGAUCUUUUGAUCUGUGAAGCUUCCGUAACACAGACUAUUAUACUGCUGUCACAAAUCAAGGUAAACUCCAUAGCAGUUGUUCGUAUGAAAUCCAGCGGCGAUUCUUUCCAGUGCAUCCCAUCUGGAAACGUCUCAGCAAAAGAGCCGAUUCAGAGUUUAGAGCAGAUCAGAGUUGGUCAGGCUAUUUAUAAAAGUGGUAGUUUGUUCAAUCAUUCCUGCAAGCCAAACAUCCAUUUGUAUUUCCUUUCACGUGGACUUGUUAUGCGAACAACAGAAUUUGUUCCCAUGGGUUGUCCCCUUGAGCUGUCAUAUGGUCCUGAGGUCGGAAAAUGGGAUUGCAAAGAUCGCAUUAGAUUUCUUGAAGAGGAAUACUUUUUCCAUUGUCGGUGUCGUGGCUGCUCACAAAUUAACAUAUCUGACCUUGUUAUCAAUGGGUAUUGUUGUGUCAAUACAAAUUGCACUGGUGUAGUUUUGGAUAGCAAAGUGGCCACAUGUGAGUCUGAGAAGCUAAAUCUUUUCUUGGCCGCUCCAAAAAGCCUAGAUCGUCAUUUUCAGGUGAGUGAAAAGGUGUAUGCUGAUGUCGGUGAAGUGGCUUCAAGUUUGCUCACUAAACCUAGAGGUUCUUUUCAUAUAGAACCAGAGAUAUGUUUAAAGUGUGGUUCCCGUUGUGACGUGGAAAAGUCUCAUGUAGAGGUGAACAAAGCUUGGAACCACCUGAGAAGGGUGGAUGAGUUGAUGAAUUCUGGACAUGCCAAUGUUUCCAUGUUAUCAGAUUGUCUAAGGUCCAUCGCCGUUCUCAGAACUUCCCUUCACGUGUAUAACAAAGACAUUGCUGAUGCGGAAGAUAAGGUUGCUCAGGCGUGCUAUUUAGCUGGGGAACUGAGGGGUGCAAGGGAGCAUUGUGAAGCGUCAAUUAAGAUUCUGAAGAGGCUAUAUGAGGAUGAACAUGUGGUGAUCGGAAACGAAAUGGUGAAGCUUGCGUCGAUUCAGCUAGCAUCAGGUGAUUCAAGUGCAGCCUGGGACACUACAAAGAUAUUGUCUCAGAUUUUCUCAAAGUAUUACGGGUCACAUGCCCAGACUCUCUUCUGUUAUCUCCCAUGUUUUAAGCAAGAAGCUGUGAGGUUGUGAUCUUAAGUCAUAAGCCAGUUUGUGAUGUUAGUUUCAAGGUUUUAGUGGUUUGAUUUGUACUGUAUAUAACAAAAUGAAUUUGAAAGAAUCUAAAUGAAUUGUUACCUUGACUUUUUAA